UAUGGUCACGUGUCAUUGUACUCGUCCUCCACUGAUGUACAAUGCAUGACUGACGCCCUAUUUACCAUUCGCCACUUCGCCUAUUUGAAUACAUGGCACCUCCAAAGAGCGCGAAACCUGUUCAAGGGGGAAAGGCUAUUACUGCCUUCUUCAAAGCUACACCCAACAACAGCCAAUCAUCCCAGCCAAGCUCUUCAUUAGAGGUCAGCAAGAAAGGAAUUUCGAAUACAAGUGAGGUCUCAACUGGCCAUAGCCAAGUAGUUCUCAUCUAUGUCAUUCAGUCGUCUUCGGGAGUGCGGGACGCGAUCAUGGUGGAUGGCAGUGACGACGAACCUCCCAAGUUGAAGACGAAACAACCUCGUAAAUCCGCUCUUAUAUCUUCGAGCGAGGACGAGACUCCACACAAUGAACCCGCUCCUACAACCAAAUCACCUUCGAAUCGCCUAGUCAAAGCCACGGCCCGGACCUCUUUAUCUGCCAAGGUGGUCAUCGACUCCGGAGACGAAGCGGACCCCCGACCUGUUAAAAAACGGAAGAAACUCUCGGUACCGAUUUCUGAUAGUGAAGACGAAGGCGGAAAAAUGCUCUCUCCACCCAAGAAGAAGGCUGCUAUUGCCGGUGGUUCAUCAUCAAAACCCAAAGCGAGAGCAUCUUUGCCUGCGAAGAAGAUGAAGAGUGAUGAUGGGGACUACGAAAUGGUUUCAGGCGAUGAAGGAAAAAAACCCAUUGCUCAUAAAACGAUAAUCAAGACCAAAGUAAACACCAAAAAGGGAUUUUCAAGUGACGGGGAUGAGCCGGGUAUGAAGACAAAGGCUAAAGCACCUGUUCAGAGAACUGUAAAGAAGAAGUUGGACAAUGACAGCAAUAGGUCCAAGGGUAAAGGGAAGGACAAAGCUGAACCUCAAGAACCAAAGAAGCAGAAUUGGGCUGCCUUAAAAGCGGUCAAAGCUCGGGGUCCCAUCGCUCCUGGAAGUAAGACUGUUCCGGACGGAGAAGAUAAUUGCUUGUUGGGGUUAUCUUUUGUUUUCACAGGAGAACUGAGCAGUUUCUCGAGAGAUGAGGCUACAGACAUUGCUAAGAGGUUCGGAGGGAGGGUCGUUGGCCAGCCCUCUUCGAAAACGAACUAUGUUGUAUUAGGAGAGGACGCCGGCCCCUCCAAACUGAAAGCCAUUCAGAAACAUGGUCUCAAGACCCUCGAUGAGGAUCAGUUUCUUGAUCUGAUUGCCACGCGCAAGGGCAGUGGUAAGGGACUUGACGAGAAGACGAGAAAGAAGAUGGAGAAAGAACAAGAUGCGAUCAAAGCCGUAGCUCAGGAAAUGGAGAAGAAAGAGAAAAAGGCAAUGAAAGAAGCAGAAUCUGGAACAGGUUCCUCGAAAGUCGUCGAUCCUUCCACCCAGUUAUGGACCACCCGAUACGCUCCACAGUCUUUGAAAGAUGUCUGUGGGAAUAAAAGCGCAGUUGAAAAAUUGGAGCUAUGGUUGAAAGAAUGGCCCCAAAGCUACAGAGCUAGUUUCAAGAAACCUGGAAAGAACGGCAUGAAUAUGUAUCGUGCUGUUCUUAUUAGUGGUUCCCCAGGUAUCGGCAAGACCACCAGUGCACAUCUUUGCGCCAAACUUGCCGGCUACACACCAAUCGAACUAAAUGCCAGUGAUACUAGAAGCAAGAAACUCGUCGAAAACGGCAUGAACAUCAAUAAUAAGUCUUUAGAUAACUUCAUUACUGGCGGUAGUUCAGUACCCAAUCCUGUGGGCACAAUGAUAACGGAUCGGACCUGCUUGAUCAUGGAUGAGGUUGACGGGAUGUCUGCUGGUGAUAGAGGUGGUGUCGGUGCUUUGAACGCCCUGAUUAAAAAGUCGAAGAUUCCUAUCAUUUGCAUCGUAAACGACAGACAAGCUCAGAAGCUCAAGCCACUCAUGAGCACGACCUUCAAUCUUCCUUUCUCCAAGCCUCAAGCUUCGAUGAUCCGUUCGCGAAUAUUAUCAAUCGCAUAUCGGGAAAAGAUGAAGAUACCGGCCAAUGUCAUCGACCAACUCAUAGCAGGUUCUCAAUCUGAUAUACGACAAGUUUUGAACAUAUUAUCAACGGUGAAGCUGCGAAGCGAUUCUUUAACCUUCGACGAGGGCAAAGAAUUGUCAAAAAUGAACGAAAAAUACACAAUCAUGAGCCCAUUCGAUCUUACAUCCAAAAUACUUGGGCCUUACCUCUUUUCUCAUACUGCGCGAGAGACAUUAGGUGACAAGAUGGAGCUAUAUUUCCAAGAUCAUUCUUUUAUCCCACUAUUUAUUCAGGAAAACUACCUGAAAACUGAACCGGCAAAACUCCGAAAUGAACAAGGACCGGAAAAGGAAUUGAAAAGACUACAGUUGAUGGACCAAGCAGCCUCUUCUAUUUCCGAUGGAGACCUAGUGGACGGAUUGAUACACGGACCUGAACAACAUUGGUCUUUGAUGCCGCUGCAUGCUGUAUGCUCUACAAUCCGACCUGCAUCUUCUAUUUAUGGUACGGGUGCGCAUUACGGGGGACCAAAUUCAAUGUCAUUCCCACAGUGGCUCGGUCAGAACUCGAAACAAAAUAAACUGAGCCGUCAACUUGGCGACGUACAGGUGCGCAUGCGGCUCAAAGUGUCGGGGGACAAAAAUGAGAUUCGGCAAUCAUAUAUUCCCGCCUUGCAUCCAUUUAUUGUUCGACCUCUUGUGGAAGAAGGAUCGAGUGCCGUCGAUCACAUCAUUAACCGUAUGGAUGAGUAUUAUCUGUCGAAGGAAGAUUGGGAUACUGUUGUAGAAUUGGGAGUGGGAGAACAGAAAGAUGACCUAAUCCUGAAGAAAAUUCCAGCGGCGACCAAGACUACCUUCACUAGAAAGUACAAUUCGUCCGAACACCCCAUUCCGUUCCACAAGGCGACGGACCUUGGGAAAGCUCCCAAGAAACUGGCAGCUGAACAAGUCCCUGAUCUUGAGGAAGCGUUUGAUUUUGAUGAAAUGGUGGAAGAUGCCUCUGAUGACGAGAAGAACACCAAAGAUAUUGAAGACAUUAGUCACGAUAAACUUAUCCAGACGUCGAAGAAGGCAAGGGCGACAGGGAAGUCAAAGAAGUGAUUUCAAUGGUCUAUACAUUUUCUGUUCUAUGCAGUAUCAAUCCGACUCUUGUCUACUCUUGUAAACCAUUCAGAAUACAAUUGCGACGCGAGUCAUUUGAAUAUUUCCAUACGGGACUCAAUUACAUAUAGCAUUUUUGGGAUCUAUAAUUUGGUCGCCUUCCAGAAGGACGCAUACCUGUACAAAA